CCAGUGGAUUGCCCUGCCGUCCAUGGAGAGAAGGACUUCCCCAUGCACUACAAGUGCCUUCUCUCUGACAAGCUUAGCACCAGCUCUUGCGCCGUGAUGGUCCUUAAUCUGGAUGGCUUCGAUUACUGGCUCUGCCCGAUCAGGGAAGCAAGUGGGAACGCCAUGCAUGGCUACACUCUGACCAUGUACAACGCCAAGGACCUGUCCGUGGAGAGGCGUAUGGCCCGGCGCAAUGGCAUUGCUGCUCUUGGAGGCAAGGUCUCUACUACAAGUUCAACCCCGUCGAUGCCGAGCCGAACCUUCAAUUACUACAAGUCGACACGCAUCCGGGCGCUAGCUCGGUUGGCAAGGACGACGCUCGCACGGCGUACAAGCCUGAACGCUUGCACGGACAUGUAUGGAGUGGACGCGUAUGAAACGGCCUCGCUCGAUCCUGCCUUAAAAAAAAGGUACCUGGUCAAGUCCUGCGGCGAGCUAUUUCUGGUCUUCGUCUUCUUCGACGGCCAGAACACGCACAAGAUCGCCUAGGUUGUGGUGUACAAGAUGGAUUUCUCAACGCCAGCUUGGUGCAAGGUGGACAAGAUAGGGUGUUUCUUCUGGGUGGAGAUCAGAUUGGGGUUUCGAAUUUUGGAGCAUCAAGCUACACUUCUGAACUUGGGUUGACCGGCAAUU